ACUGUCUAUCCGGAAAUACUACUACGGAAGCAGUUACAACCAUGUCUAGACAAAGUGGUCGCCUGCUGAAAAGAUUUGAAAAUGCUCCAGGGCCCAAAGGCAAAGCAACUAAGCAAAGCAACAGAAAAAAGAUUCAGCCUCUGUCAAAGCUGCAGUGUGAGCAGAACCAGCUGGUACUUGAAGGAGCUGCCAAGCCUUGUAUUCUCGAGACUUCUGAGAAGGGAGUCGGGGUCGACUGUGAUGCAGUUCUCACAUCCCCAUCGUCCUUGAUCCGGCCGUCACCUUUGCCUCAUCUUGGAUGGGGAUCUCCUGAAGAUGUGUGGUUGAAGAUGGUCGGCAGGGAGCAGAAUUACAGACACAGCAAGAGCUUCAUGCAGAAACACCCGACAAUACAACCCAGAAUGAGAUCCAUUCUCCUCGACUGGUUAAUCGAGGUGAGUGAGGCCUAUACUCUUCACCGGCAGACGUUCUAUUUGGCUCAGGACUACUUUGACCGGUUCAUGUUAACGCAGAACAACAUUGAAAAGGGCAUGCUGCAGCUCAUCGGGAUAACUUGUCUUUUUAUUGCAGCUAAGAUGGAGGAAGCAUCUCCUCCAAAGCUCUCACAGAUGGCCUAUAUGACUGCGGGAACCUACUAUGAAGAAGAGAUCAUUCAAAUGGAGAUAAUAAUUUUGAAGGCAUUGCAUUGGAACCUUUGUCCUGAAACAGCCGUGUCUUGGCUGAAGCUUUACUUCCAGAUGGCAUCGAUGAACAGCGACUCUGACCUGCUGCAGCCACAGUUUCCGCAGGAGGCUUAUGUACAAAUGGCACUACUUUUAGACCUGUGUAUCCUCAACAUAAACUCUCUGGACUUUGAGUAUCGAGUGUUGGCUGCCUCAGUCCUGAGCCACUUCAUUGGACCUGAAACGGCUGAAAAGGUUUCAGGUCUGUCAAAAGACGUCAUCCAGCUGUGUGUGAACUGGAUGGCCCCCUUUGUGGAGUCGGUGGGAUUGUUUGGCAGAGCGACGCUGAGGGAUUUUGUCGGGAUAAAGAAAGAAGACAGACACAACAUCCAGACGCACACAGACUAUCUGACCAUGCUGGAGAAUGUCAGUCAAAAGGAGGUGAACAGACAGUUCCUCACUCCUCCCAACAGCACAGAGAAAACCUGCACACGCUGAACCACAAGAGGAAGACUCUGAGGUGAAUGUGAACAAAGAAGACACCGGGUUAAGGUCCCACUAAGACGGAGUCUUGUUUACUGGAAUCGGCUCCUAACCGGUGGGGG